GACAGAGUACCCCAAAAGCAGUUCUUUGUUUAUCCAUUCAAGUGUCUGCCUCUCCCAAGCAAGCGCCCAGCCUGUCCCUGUAUCCGUCUCCUCCUCUCUUUGUGUAGCUCGUGCCUGCUCUCCAAGGGGCAGCUCGUACUAUACUUAGCUGACAUCGACAGACGGGCGACCGAGCAGGAGUCCGAUCGAUAUGGCCAAGCACGGGCACCCAUCAGCUGACCACCCGCUGAUGCGCAACCCCAACUCCUCUUCACCUCAAGUGUUCGUCGUGGGAUCCUCGCUGCCGCCGCCGCCGCCGCCGCCGCCACCGCUGCAGACGAAGAUGGCGAGCUUCUCCGGCGACUUCCUGACCAGCGGCGCCACCGCCAGCACCACGACUGCGGCGAAAACGAAGCCUCUGACGAUGUUCUACAACGGCGGCGUCGCCGUGUUCCAUCUCCCACAAGAUAAGGCGGAGGAUCUCAUGAAGAUGGCGGCGGGUGAGAAGGGUGGGGACGGCCGCGCCGGUCCUCGCCGGGCAAACCACGGCGAGGAGUUGCUGGCCAAGUUGAGAAAAGAGAUGCCUAUUUCGAGCAAGAGAUCUUUGCAGCGUUUCUUCCAGAAGCGCAAGGAGAGGCUGUACAGGCCCUGAUCAAUGGCAGAUGGAUGAUUGAUGGAGCUGCUAGUUUGCACUAUCAGGGUCCCGACGAAGACGAAUUGAAGAAGGGCGUUUUGUUACGACUUCAUCAGUAAUAUGAUGUUCCAUCUUGUUGGUCUUGUAUAUACCAGCAGAGUAACCAUUUGUUCAUCCGUUUCAUGUUUCCGCAAAACAAAAAUGUUAAUCCGUUUUAUGGACUGAAUGUUAAUCCGUCUGGAACUGGGAUCAUCGGUGUUGCCGUGGAUAGUGGGUACGCAAACUGCCCCAAGGAGAUUCUGCUGUACAGUACUGU